GUGUGGGCGUGCCGCUAAUGCUGACUUACGUCUACGGGGUGGUUCCUAUGUCGCUUUGUAGAAACGGCUGGUGUCGGGCGCAGACUGAGCCCCCCGAGACGCACAAAAUACAGCUGGAAGACCUAGCCAACUAUCUUCUAUUCUCUCAUGUAGUCAGUGAUCACUGGACGGGUCAGAGCAACCCGAAGGUCAGUGACACCAGUGUCCAGGAAGUCAGAGUCAGUGUACAGGAAGUGGGCGUCCUCCCGAGUACGAGCGCCAUGCCCCCAGAACUAGAUAAGUACACGGGAGUGGAAGAAGCUGCCAAAUGCCAUGGACACACCCAUCAGGACAGUCGGUCUGACUGCGAGGUGGUUGUUGUGCCUGACUGCGAGCUUGAUGACACACAAGCAACUAGUUCGAGAGAAAGAACCAACAUCGAAGUUUGUGUGGAAAUUGAAACUCACCCAAGAGGCGCCCGUCAGUCCAGUUUAAGUAGCGUCCUGUCCAGCCGAAGCCUGUCAGCCGAGUCUCUGGGACACCCCCAGGACUGCCCAUGUGCCUCAGAGCUGGAAGAAAGGCGAGGACGGGGAGAGGAGACGUUCGGAAGAGAGAAACCAGGAGGAAGCGAAGGAAUUGUUUUUUCGGCUUUUGAAACUGUCGAUGUAUGAGGAACCAUCGGAGCAGGUUUUGUACUCGACUUAGUCAGGUUUUAUGGAAACACUCAUUUCUGAGAUGGACCUUAGAGUUCUCAGCCAAGGUCACCGCUUUCUGCUUCAGUGACGGUACCUUCCACAAGAUGCCUUCGCCCUCCAAUCUCUAAGGACUUUGUGGGAUCUAGGAGAGCCAGAGAGAGAGAGAGAGAAAAGAUGAAUGUGAACGGAUGAGCAUGAGACUAUAAUAUAAAAACCGUAAAGCAGACUGGAAAGAAUAAUAGGUAGCUAGUUCCGACUGUUUUUUUCUAUGUUAGCCUUCCUGAAACAAACUACCUUAUGCUCCUUCUGUUUUUAAAUCUUUUCUUUUUCAUCUAACUGUUCUCUUUUAUUCACUUUUACCUGCAGUGGACUUCCUCAAACACAAACAUGAUUUGUUUUAUUGGGGAAUACGAAUCCAAAAAUGUUCUUGGCGACGGGUUAACGUAGAAUGUUUUAAAAGAUGCAGGAAGAAAAGAGAAUAUGGCCACAGUUCCCAGGUGAAUUGGAGAGUUUUAAACAUGCAUGUACGCCUAUAGCCACUGUUUUUAUUAUUAUUAUUAUUAUUGGAAUAAUACAUGUUCUCUGACAAUGUUCACUAAGUUGAAUAAAGGGGCUUAGAAACACAAGGGAUUAUACAUUUAACCACAGAUCCACAGUCUUCCAUAAAAGCCAUUUAGGCACAGUGACCUUUUUUUUCAUUGCUGUCGUCGUGCAGCUUUCAGCUUUCAAGAAGACGGUUUUUUUCCACUGAAGAAAAAGGAUGAUGCCUUUUUUCUAACGGAGGACUACUCUGCAGCAGCAACGCCUCAGUACCACCACUGCACUGCAUAUUCCAACACACUAACAGGUCCACGUGCACAGGAAUCCACGCCGCUGCAGUACAGUUUGAGCGUUACAAUAGAAACUCAUCCCGAGCAUCAGAAUCACAACAGCAGCAUGCCAUAGCAGGCUAAACAUAUCCCUUCAAGAUGAUUCGCGAGGGACUAUACGACUACAUGCACUGCUUCCUGUGUGGGAAAUAAUUGCAACGGGAAUCUUAAGACUUGACGUGGAAACAUAUGUGCUGGGGUUUUUGAAGAGAAAAUGAAUAAAGAUUUCACCCUGAAGGAGAGAUCCAAA